AGUAGUGUGGAAAAUCGUUUAAAUUUAAUUUUCCCUGCGAACAGUUGCAAGCUCUCGGAAAAAUAUUAACAAAAUGAAUCUAAGUGGUAAAAAUGUUGUUUUCGUCGCCGGUUUCGGUGGUAUUGGCUUCGAAGCCUGCAAACAAUUAAUGUCCCGCAAUGUGGCCAAUUUAUUCCUUCUGGAUGUAAUGGAAAAUCCCCAAGCCCUGCAACACCUUCAGGACAUGAAUAAAAAGACCAAAGUCACCUUCAUCAAGUGUGAUGUGACCGAUAAGAAUUCCAUCAAAAAUGCCAUUGGGCAUGUGGUGAAAUCGGUGCAAUAUAUUGAUGUAUUGGUGAACGGUGCCGGUGUUAUUGCCGACCGUAAUGUUGAAUUCACAAUUAAUGUAAAUUUAAUUGGUUUAAUUAACACCACCCUUGAGGCUAUGCCCUACAUGGAUAAAUCCCAGAAAGGACGAGGUGGUGUCAUUUUAAAUAUUGCAUCGGUUUUGGGUUUGGAACCCUGUCCCCCCAUUGCCGUGUAUAGUGCAUCGAAAUUCGGUGUUGUGGGCUUUACACGUUCCCUGGCUGAUCCCUUUUAUUACAAUCGCAGCGGUGUAGUCAUAACUGGUCUAUGUCCCGGCUUGACUGAAAGCCCCAUGACAGCCAAUCCCAAAAUUAGUGAUACCUUUGAAUAUUCAAAACCAUUGACGGACAAAAUCUUUUCUGCACCACGUCAACCCGCUGCAAAGGCUGGCGAGCAUUUGGUCCAAGUCUUGGAAAUGGCCCAAAAUGACACCUUGUGGAUCACUGAUAGAUUUGCCAUCAAGAAAGUCGAGCACAAAUUGUUCUGGGAACCUUAAAAAACUUUCGUCGAGUGAUUGCUUGUGUAUGAUAGAAAUCUGUGCAAGCGUUUAAAUUUUAUAUAAGCGUAUGUGUGAAAGAAUGAGUUUUGUUAUAUGAUUCUAUAUGUAAAUAAAUCCUAUAUUUUUUAAUUAAAAUAUAUUUUUUCGAACUUGAUCAAGUA